AGCUUGUCAUCUACUACAGCGUGAAAUUUUUUUUUGACAACCAUUUUUAUCUCGAACCAAAUGCAGUGAAUUAAAAUAUAAAAAUUUCUAAAAUUUUAACAAAUUAAUGAAAAAAUUUAAUUAAAAACCCAUUUUAAAUGGUUGCCCAAGAAGUCGCCGAUGCAAACAAAGCAAUGGCUGCAGCAACAAAACCAGCCUUCCCACGACUUUUUAACAAAAUUGUUCUCACUUUAGAGAAUAGUUUAAUUCCCGAAGCCAAACUCGAUGCUACACCCUCACAAGUCGAUGGCUUGGACAAAGAAACUGAAAAAGAUUUAAGAAUUCUAGGAUGUGAGCUAAUACAAACUGCAGGCAUUCUGUUGAAUUUGCCUCAAGUGGCAAUGGCAACGGGUCAAGUGAUUUUCCAGCGAUUUUUCUAUUCGAAAAGUUUUGUACGUCACAAUAUGGAAACUGUGGCCAUGAGUUGUGUUUGUUUGGCAUCGAAAAUCGAAGAAGCUCCUCGUCGAAUUCGAGAUGUUAUUAAUGUUUUCCAUCACAUUAAACAAGUUCGUGUACAAAAGGACAUUACACCAAUUAUACUCGAUCAAUUCUAUACCAAUUUAAAGAAUCAAGUUAUCAAAGCUGAGCGUAGAGUUCUUAAGGAAUUGGGUUUUUGUGUGCAUGUUAAACAUCCACAUAAACUAAUUGUCAUGUACUUGCAAGUGUUGAAGUAUGAGAAACAUGAGAAAAUGAUGCAAAUUUCAUGGAAUUUCAUGAAUGACUCAUUGAGAACGGAUGUUUUUAUGCGUUAUCAACCCGAAACUAUUGCCUGUGCUUGCAUCUAUUUGAGCGCUAGAAAAUUGGGUAUUGCUUUGCCAUCGAAUCCAUCGUGGUAUGGAAUUUUUAAAAUUCCCGAAGAAGACAUUAUUGAUAUUUGCUAUCGCAUCAUGGAACUUUAUAAGAGGCCAAAGCCCAAUGUAGAAAAACUUGAGAGCGCUGUAGAAGAACUAAAAAAAAAAUACAUGGAAUCACGGAAUAAGAAAGCAGAUCAAAACACACCACCAGCGGUGACUACGGUCGACCGCAAAGAUACUUCCCAUAAUGCAUGGGGAGGUUUCAUACAACGAACUAUUCCCUUGCCAGUUCCAUCUGAUGCCAAAUCACCUGACAAACGCUCUCGGUCUAGAUCAAGAAGCCGUUCUCGAAGUCGAUCAAAAAGUCAUUCCAGAUCACGGUCACGAACACCAUCGCCAGAUUACAAGAGUCGAUCAUCGAAGAAGGGCCAUCACAGGUCUAGAACACCGGUUAAGAGCAGCAAAAAGAAAUCACGUCAUUACUCACGAUCGCCGUCAUCGUCGCCGCAUUCUAAACAUCGAAAAAGGAAAUCAUCAAGAGAUCGUGAACGUUCGGAUUACUAUGCAGACAGAAAGGAUCGGGACAAGUAUAGAGACCGUGAUCGUGAUCGUCGUGAAAAAGAUCGCUCCUCUAAGCACCAUUCUAGGUAUUCGGGUGGUAGCCGAGGUUCUCGCAGCACAGGCAGCAGUAACAAGAGACGUGAUCGUUCCCGCGAAAGAAAACGCUAAAUUUUAAUUCAAACUUAAAUUAAUAUAUAAAAAAAAAUAAACUAUUAAAUGUACAAGA